ACCUUCAAGCUCGGGACGCUCGCCAUCCGCACGCUCGCAAAGCCCAUCUCUGUUGCUCUCAAAUCACAAGCUAAACAACAUGCCACAUUUCGAAAAGUGUGCAUCAAUCUCGCUCAAACCAUGCAUCGCUUUGACAUCAAUAUGAGAAUGAAUUUGCUUGGUGAAAAAGGACUACAGCAUGUUCGGCCGCUGAAUGAAGCCAAGGCUAUUGAUUCAGGUGCCAAUUUCAUCAGUGAGACCUUUCUAUUCAGUGUCGCAGGUGGCCUGAUUGUCUUUGAGUCUUGGCGAUCCCGAAAGAAGGAACAGAAUAGACGAGAAGGUGUUGCUGAUGCGAUUGAAACAUUACAAAAGGAAGUGGAAGACUUGCGGAGUGACUUGCAA